AUUUAUUUAUUUAUUUUCUAGACCAUGUGUUUGGAUUCCUAGUUCCUCAUCAAGCAAAAGCUAAAGAGAGGAAUUCCAACCCUCACUCCCUCCCUUCGUCUCUCCUUCUGCAGGAAAACAUGUUUAAUGUUCUAAUAUGGCCUGGCAGGAAAACUGUCUCUAUGUCAAGAGCUUUGCUUGCUACAGGGAGCCUCAUGAGAGAUCUGUCUACCCAGGCAGGAAGACUGGAAGGCAAGGUAGCUCUUAUAACGGGUGCAGCGACUGGUAUAGGAAAAGCUACUGCUGCAAAAUUCGUCAACAAUGGUGCCAAGGUGGUGAUUGCUGAUAUCGACCACAGGCUUGGCCAAGUCACUACAAAGGAACUUGGGCCACAUGCCACCUUCAUUCCAUGUGAUGUCACUAAAGAAUCCGAUGUCUCUAAUGCAGUUGACUUCACUGUCUCCAGACAUGGUUGGCUUGACAUCAUGUACAACAAUGCUGGGAUAGCCUGCAACACUCCCCCAAGCAUUGUUGACCUCGACCUUGCAGCAUUUGAUCGAGUCAUGGAAAUUAAUGUGCGAGGAGUCGUUGCAGGAAUAAAACAUGCAUCCCGUGUGAUGAUUCCACGUCAAAGUGGUUCCAUUCUAUGCACGGCGAGCAUUACAGGUCUAAUGGGUGGGCUAGCACAGCACACAUAUUCCAUUUCCAAGUCUGCUGUUGCAGGAAUUGUGAAGUCUGUUGCGGCUGAGCUGUGCAAGUACGGUAUUAGGGUCAAUUGCAUAUCACCUUUCGCAAUCCCCACGGCAUUUGUGAUGCAAGAAAUGAGACAGAUUUAUUCUGGGAUUGAUGAUAGGAAGCUUGUGGAGAUAGUACACAAAGCUGGUGUACUGCAGGGAGCAAACUGUGAAGUUAGUGAUGUAGCCAAUGCUGCACUCUAUCUUGUGUCUGGGGAUGCCAAGUAUAUUAAUGGGCAUAAUCUGGUGGUGGAUGGAGGUUUUACAUCACUGAAGAAUUUGGAGUUCCCCGCCCACGUGCGGUAAAAGUGUGAAAUAUAAUCUGCAGGGGUCUUGCAGAUUAUGAAGCUGGAAUUCAAAACACCACUCAUAUCUUAGCGCAUCAGAGACCCUUGAUGGUCCAAAAACCAAAAUCCAAGGGCACUUGUGCAUCUGAUGGUCAGUGGUGAGGGGAUAACCUGACAUUCUUUUAUCCUGAGCUGUAAUCUGUUUCACCAAAUUAUGGAGAUAGAAUUGAAUCCUUACCAUCAGUGUAAUAAGUAGCAUUCAAAGAUGAGUAUAAUUUUUCUACCAAA